CCACGCCCACUACCGCACGGGCGCGCGCACGCCGCCACGAGCUCCCUCUACGAGGGCGCGAGCACGCCGCCGCCCUUGUUGUUUUAAACGCGGCCUCUCGGGCUGGCUUUGGGGGCGGGGCUGUGGAGGAAAGUGCCGAAGCCGCUAAGUGAAGUGAGAAUUCUCCUAGAGGAAAUGGCUGCCUCUUCAUCAUCUUCCUCAGCUGGUGGGGUCAGUGGAAGCUCUGUCACUGGAUCUGGUUUCAGUGUCUCAGACCUUGCCCCACCACGGAAAGCCCUUUUCACCUACCCCAAAGGAGCUGGAGAGAUGUUAGAAGAUGGCUCUGAGAGAUUCCUCUGUGAAUCUGUUUUCAGCUAUCAAGUGGCAUCUACGCUUAAACAGGUGAAACAUGAUCAGCAAGUUGCUCGGAUGGAAAAACUAGCUGGUUUGGUAGAAGAGCUGGAGGCAGAUGAGUGGCGGUUUAAACCCAUUGAGCAGCUGCUGGGGUUCACACCCUCUUCAGGUUGACCUUGCCUGGAUGGUCACCUCUGGAGCACAGCAAGUGCAGAUCCGGCAAGACCUGCACUUUUAUUUAUUGCAGCUUACAUAGCCAUCCAGAGAUUCACAACUCAGUCACUGAAUUGUUAACUCACAUCCAUACUGAUUUCUCUGUAUCUGUCCACAAGCAACAAAUACUUAAAUGUGUGAUCUUACAGGGAAAUUUUUUGGUUUUUUUGUUUAAAAAAGUAUCGAGAAACAGAUUAAGACAAUCGGUGUCAGAGAACCAAGAGGUUUGGGUUUAAAAGAUUUGUAAAACUUCACCAGCCAGGACACAUACCAGAACUGGCCAGCUGAAUGGUGUCUCUCCUGUCAUUCAUGCAGUUUCUGGGAUCCUCACCAUUUAAGUCCGAGGUCAGGAUCUGGAGUUAUAAAAUACAGCAUUUCUGACCUGAAAGCAUUUCUGACAGUUCUUUUUGCAGAUGAAUGUGAUUUCAACUCAGGACUUGUCCAAAUUAGGAAUUUCUUAAUGUUUGGGGUUUUUUUCUAUUUUUAGACAUCUAAUUCUAUAGACUUAACUUUUUCUAACCUCUUCUAGGCAUGCCAAAUGCUGGCAAAAAGAAUUGCUUUUUGAAUGUGGAAGCACUUGUGAAAACAAAGCAGUGAGCAAGAUCCUUUUAAACACAGAAAUCCUGAGUUCAUCUUGUUGGUGGGCUCAGGCAAUUCUGUAGCAAAUAAAUCCUUUGAAAGCGCUCCAAA